GACGUCUAUCUUGCUUUGCAUUGUUCUAUUGUUUGUUUUGUUUCCUCGAGUGCAUUCACUCGAGUUCGCUUGCGAAGUCACCCUAUUGUUCUCUGUCACAAUAAAGAACCUUCGCUUCAUACAAUUGUCUUUGUUUAGUUUACAAUCAUUGUUAUUAUUCGAGUGUCUUUAUUGUUCAGUCAUACUAAAUAAUGUUCACGCUGGCCGGGAAUCAUCUAUAAAGUUCUACACAAUAACCUUUCAAUGUCUUCUUCUUCAUAAAUCGAACCAUUACUUCUUUCAAUCUGACAACUCUCCGAAUCCAAUAAACACUCACAAAAAACUCGACCAGAAGAAGCAGAACUCGAACCUCCAAGUUUAAUUUAAAUUCACGUCUUUGCAGGCGAGAAAAAAUCCACCGAUUCAAAUAUUCAAACACACACACACACAGCUCGAAACUCGAAAAACUUCAACAUGAAGUCUACAAUUUCAAUCAGCAUUGCGGCUCUCGUAUUGCUUUUCCAAAUAACUGCAGCUCAUACUUGGGCAGAUGAACUUAGAGUCAUCUCACGAAACGGAACCUUUACAACUCCAAAAGGCUACCCACGUGCUUAUACUCCCCGGGCUGGAGGAUACAACCCCGACGACAACCUCUGGAAACUCUUGAACACUGUUCCCGAUUCUACCACAAUUUGUAACCCAAAACAAGUACCAGGAGCAAAACCUCUACUCUCGUCUCAACAAGUUUUGAGCGCUGCUCCAGGAGAUUUCGUUGCUGUCAGAUACCAAGAGAAUGGGCAUGUUACUGAGCCAACACAAGCAGACACUCCAGAACAAGGCAAGGGCUUUGGCAGCGGCAUCGUGUACGUUUACGGCACAGCUGAUAGCAAAGCAACCGACACCUUCAACUCCAUUCACAAAGUAUGGAACAAAGAUGGAACAGGCGGAGACAAGCGAGGAAAGCUUCUUGCCACUCAAUACUUCGACGACAUGGCAUGCUUCCUUGCAGGCAAUACUAAUGGCAACCUCUUCGUUGAUGCACCAGCAAACACAGUUACUAUCGCUAUGGCAAGAGCAGAAGCUUAUAAAUUCGCACCGACAAGUGAAAUGGGCGUCAACCUCUGGUGCCAGACCGACUUUCAAAUCCCAGCAGAAGCACAAGCAAACAAGGACUACAGCAUCUACUGGGUUUGGGAUUGGCCCACCAUGGAUAAAAAGACUGGAAAGACAACCGUCAGCGAAAUUUACACUUCUUGUGCCGACAUCGCCAUCACUGGUACUGCCAACAAGGAAGAAGUCUCCUAUAUCGCACCGCAAGAUCUUAACAGCGCUGCGCAAUGGAGUCAGAUGGUCAAUCCUUUUGUCGUCGAUCCUACCGCCGCCCAAAAGCCAUGGUCUAUGCGCUCAACUACCGAUCUCUUUGCUAAGCCAACUGCCGUCGCUGCAGCUGGAACAACAGCUCAUAUUCAACCUACCACUGCAGCCUCCAUCUCUCAGCAACAAUCAUUCACCUCUCAGCAACAAGCAUCCACCACCCAACAAGUAGCAACCGCUACUUCUGUUGCCACACAUCAAGGCUUCACCACCGUUACUAUCUACGUCACCCAGACCUCUGGCAUAACAAGUCCAACAGGUGUCGCCACCACUGCACAAGAAAGUGUUGGAGCUCCUUCUGUUUCUCCUUCUGGAUUCGCAUCAGCUAGUACCUCUGCCCCUUCAGGUGUGGCUUCUGCAAGCGGUUCUUACGCUCCUUACCCUGCCGUCCAACCUUUCAUGAAGCACUCUCUCCAGAUUCGAGGUCGCAAUGUGAAUUGAGUUCGAACAAGGACGGGAAAGUCAACGGACGGAGUGGAGGAAUAGAUGGAUAAAUAGAUAGAUUAGAUAGAUACCCCCUUUUCGUUUGAGGCAACUCAACUAUAUGCAUAGCACAGCACAGUAC